UUCACUGUAUAUUUUACGUUUUCAAUCCUUCAUAGUAAUCAAUAUAUUGAUGUAUCUGUUAGCAACAGAUGCCUAAAAAUGAUAUUGUCAAGAGCUAAACCAGUCUCUUCUGAGGGAGUGAAAAAAUCAGCAUCAGAGAAAAAGAUUCCUAAAUUAGAAGAGUUCUUGGAGAAGCGUGAUUAUACCGGUGCUUUAACGCUCUUAGAAUUCAACAAUGCUUCAGAGAACAAUUUAAACUCUGAACUAUGGAUGGGUUAUUGUACUUUCCACCUAGGCGACUACAAACGUGCAGCAACGAUAUACGAAAAUUUGAGGAAGAAAGAUCAAGUUCCAACAUAUGUAUCCACAAAUUUAGCAUGUUGUUAUUUCUAUCUUGGAAUGUACCCUGAAUCGCAACAAAUUUUGGAGGAUGCUCCAUACAGUAAACUGAAGAAUAGACUAUUAUUCCAUUUAGCUCAUAAAAUGGGCAACGAACCAAAAUUAAUGGAGUACAAUCAUAUGCUGGAGGAUGUAAUCGAGGAUCAACUAUGUUUGGCAUCUAUUCAUUAUCUUAGAGCUCACUAUCAAGAGGCAAUUGAUGUAUAUAAAAAGAUUCUAUUAGAUAACAGGGAUUCAGACAGUGAUAGUUCAGAUAGUAUCGAUGAGAAUAUGAUUAACAGAAAAUCAGAUAUCCGUUUAAUUAGAGUGUUGCAUGAUUCCAGGGAAUAUUUUGCAUUAAAUGUGUAUGUUGCUUUGUGUUAUUACAAACUAGACUACUAUGAUGCAGCUCAAGAAGUUCUUCAAGUUUACUUGCAGAAGUAUCCUGACAGUGCAAUUGCAAUUAAUCUAAAAGCAUGCAAUCAUUUUCGACUGUACAAUGGUACAGCUGCACAGAAUGAAAUGAAACAAUUAAUAGAAAAAAUGUCCAAUUCCUUCAGCUUCAGUCAUGACUUGAUAAGACACAACACAGUUGUACGUAACAAUUUGAAUUUACCUAGUCUUAAGAAGUAUAAUAAAAAUGAAUGUUUGCAGGUAUUUAAAGGUGGAGAAGGUGCCUUACAAAUUCUACCGAAUUUAGUGGAUGUUAUACCAGAGGCUAGGCUCAAUUUAGUAAUAUAUUAUUUGAAACAAGACGACGUGCGAGAAGCGUUUGAAUUAAUUAAAGAUCUCGAGCCAGCUGUGCCACAAGAAUACAUCUUAAAAGGAAUAGUUAAUGCAGUGAUGGGACAAGAAACUAAUUCCCGUGACAAUAUAAAAACUGCACAACAGUAUUUUCAACUAGUGGGUUCCUCUGCAUCAGAGUGUGACACCAUACCUGGUAGACAAUGUAUGGCUUCUUGUUUCUUUCUAUACCGUCAAUUCGAAGAUGUCUUAGUAUAUCUAAGCUCCAUCAAGACAUACUUUUCUAACGAGGACAACUUUAAUUUUAAUUACGCCCAGGCACGAGCCGCGGCAGGUUACUUUAAGGAGGCUGAAGAGGCUUUCCAGAACGUUAGAAAUGAAAGAUAUAAAAAUGAUUACAUCUAUAUCAGCCUCUUGGCACAUUGCUAUAUAAUGAAUAAGAAACCACAACUGGCUUGGGAUUUGUACUUGAAAAUGGAUACCUCAACAGAGUCAUUUAAUCUAUUACAAUUAAUAGCGAAUGACUGUUACAAAGUUGGUGAAUUUUGGUAUGCUGCUAAAGCGUUUGAUAUGUUAGAACGUAUGGAUCCUAGUCCAGAAAAUUGGGAAGGGAAACGCGGUGCUUGUUGUGGAACGUUUCAGUAUAUUGUGGCUGAUAGACAACCAAAGGAGCUGUUACCCGAAAUUAUCCAACUUCUAAAGAACACUUCUAAUUCACAAGUGGAGCAAAUUAUUCGAGUAAUGCGUAAAUGGGGUAAAGAUAACAGGAUUAAUUGCUGAUGAUGAAAAUCGAGAGAUUUUUGGCCGACGUUAUCGUUGCAUUAUCAAAAGUGUCCUUAUCGUACAGUAAAUAUUCGUACAGUAAAUACUAACGUGUUUGAUAUGUGUACACAAAUUAUGUGUAUGAAUUUUGAUAGAUAGACGUACGAGAAAUAUUUGCGUGAAAAAUUCUAUACGAAUGACAUUAACACGUACCGUUAAUGAUUUAAUAUAAAAUAGAUAUAUUUAAACUGUGAUACACUCAUUUUAUAAUAAUAAUCUAAUAAUAAUAUUAAUAAUCAUCGUAAUAGCAAUAAUAAUUAAAUUUUAACAAACACAAUCGGUGAAUUGUAAAAACACCAUAAUCAAUGGCAUACACCACAUACGCAUACUUGCACAUCUCCGAUCAAAGAUUCGACAUUCUUCGGAACAGAAUGGAUUUUUCGAAAAUUGCACGGGAUUAAAUUUCCUCGAUCAUUCGAUGCAAUUUUCUAAAAACAAUUCCGAUGGAAUGGCUUGCUGAAGUUCAGCGAAAGAAACGAAGGACAAAGGAGUCCAAAAGAUUGAGCAGACACGAGAAUCCAAGGAAACUCUCGAACGAUACUCUUGAAAAUAUAAAUACAUCUACAUUGAAAUCAUCAAAAACUCGUACACAUGUCACCCAUCGAUAGUUAACGCUUUCAACUUAAACACAGUUUAAUUUGUCAUUUUCAAAUCUGUCAGAAAACGACUAAGGUUUAAUAAUUGUUUGGCUACUCUUUAGCGAAGACUACUACAAGUAAAAUUUUACAAUAAUAUACAUGAUUAUUUUGUCAGAAGCCUGGGUGCAUUCAUGGAACUAAAUACAAUUUGAAAAAGAAUCUAAACUAUCAAUGGGAGAGUCGACUGCUAUAAGUCUUCAAAAAUUUCAACUUAUGUUCCGUCGUUUUUUUUUCCCAAAAGGCAGUAAAAAGAGUUUUCUUUCUUUUUUUUCGCACGCCUUAAACUUUACUUUUCGCGUCUCUGAACGUAGAGAAGGAGUGCCUAGUAUCAAAUCAUCGCUACGUUUUUCCAUAUAAAAAUAGCACCAGAAAAAAGGGUUCGCGGGAUGCCUUCCAACGGCAUGUAAGAUUACAAUUUUCAUCACCCGUGCUUAUCACACGAAUGUUCACACGGCACUCGUUCUCCGGCUAGUUACAUACACUAUACGAGACAUUAGUUAAUAUAGUCCACCGGAUAAAAUAGAGACGACACAGUAAUUCGAUUAUUACGUUCCUGUACCUUUCUCUCCUUCUUCCUUUACAGAGAAAUAAAAUAACAGAGAAAUAGUAACGAAACAUCACGGUUCCUUGGUUUCCAUUAGUGAUGUGGAACCCGACUAGUCGGGUCGGUUCGAAAAACAUCGUGCGGACUCGGGCGGGUCCGAUACAUCCAUGCAAUCGGGUAGCCCGACUUUUUCGGGUUCGAUCGGGCUCAGUCGGGCUGAUCCGGACGAGCUUCCGCUCUCAUGUAUUCGUUAAUACUUGCAAUAAGCAUGUGCAUAAUCUGUUUUAUAUGGAAUUUUGGAAUAAGAUAAUUUUUAUUAUGUGGAAAAAUCCAUGUCACCUGUAUAUUCAUUUUAUACAAAAUAGAUUUUGCACAUGCUUAUUGCAAGUAUUAACAAGUACAUGAGAGUUGGGUCGUGGGCCGCGGCCCACAGGAGCUCGUUCGAAUCAGCCCGACUGAGCCCGACCGAACCCGAAAAAGUCGGACCCGCCCGAGCCCGCCCGAUUUUUUCCGAGUCCGCCCGAGCCCCGUACUAUUGGGUUCUCGCACAUCCCUAGUUUCCGUACAUACGAUGACGAUGAUAUUGCGUCCUUUGAACGUCGAUAUUACGCUAAAAACGUUAGCUUAUUUUCCACUAUGCUAAAUUGUGUACGUAAAUACAUUAAUGAUAGAGCGGAAAAUCGUCUUCUUACUUUCGUCAAUUUCUUUCUUUCUCUCAUCUCUCCUUACAUUAUUGAACAGUCAUUCAGAAAUAUGUUUCCCUUUCACGCGAUCCUCAUUUACUCCUUGCUAUCGUUAUCGUUAAAAAGACUCGAAUGAUUUUGUGCUCCCACGUUCUCGCAUCUUUAUACAACAAGAGGGAAGUACAUUUCUUUUUUUUUUUUUGCUGUUUUUUGUUUUUCGUCUUUUGGCAAUCAGCUAACAGUCGAUCAAAGACAGUAGCAUGGGCGGCGUUAUCUACCGUACAAUGUUAACAUUAAAACUCGCUGUUCGCCUGGCAACGACUACGACGAACAAUUUCUCUACGAUAAUGCAACAUCCUUACGUGUUUCUGUAGCACGGUAUUGUCUACAGUUCAAUCGAAAGCACGUGGGAAACAUCGUCGAAAUUGAAUCUACGAAGAAGAAGUUUCAGAUACCAAACGGUAGAAGUCCAUUUCUGAUGGAUACUGAAACUGUAAGACGUUUCAGGAUCCAAGUUAAAUAGCUUUUUGUCAGUCGACGAUUCAACUCCCUAAAGUAUCUAAAUGUAAAACUUGAAACGUGCUUAUAACUCGUUACAUUAACCCUUUGCGGUUCACUGCGUAGCUUAUCAACCGAGUUCCCUAUCAGAAAUCAGAUAUUCAUUGCACCUUUGAACGUGGUCCUACCGCAAAGGGGUUGCUUCCCUCUAAAGACACUAAAGCUCUCAAAAAGACUUUCAUUCGAAGAGGUUUUUAUUAUCCCUUAAACGCUCUAUAACUUACAAACAACGAAUCUAACUAGCAGAUAAUCUUAUUCUUUCGCCAUUAAAAAAAAAAAAAGAGGAAAAAAAAAAUAUUGAAAAUCUAUCAACCACAGCGGAUGUUGCAUCUGUUCACCAAAAAUAUUCUCGCGUCGCGUAGAUUCAACAUAACGCUUACAACGCCUCUAUGCGACGUGUAAAUAUUCCUCUAGGUGCUUAUACAUCGGUAAAUUACACGAUAAAGUUAAUAGUAAGAAACGAAGAACGUCUACUUAAAGGACCAUUUACAUAGAGUAUUUUGUGACGACGAUCUUGCCAAGAAACUAUCUUCCAUCCUCAAGAAAUCACUGUUCCCGUUAAUGGGAAUUUAAAUGGAAGUUAGCCUCAGGAUUUUUACCUUACAAUUACCGAACGAUCCUCGGCAAGAUCGAGGACGACGAUGAAUCGUGAAAUUCGAACGAACGUGACAGAGUGUAACGUUCAAACUUCACGGGCCAUUCGAAGAAAUUGUCGUUUGGCAUUUACAUAUGGCGUUGUUUAGUGCUCGAAAUUCUGACGAAUCGUUUCGUCGAGUCGCUUGUUCGCUCGAAGAACGUUCACACAUAUAAUUUUUUUCUUUUUUAGAGACCAUGCGAUCGACGCGACGUUAAACCCGGUGCUUUACAUGCUUCAAUUACUCUACUCGACUCGACUCGUUCAAGACGGCAGUGUAAUUUGAAGUGAACAGAAUUUCAUGAACGAAUCUGUAAGCGGCUAAAUCUAAAUCUAUACACAAUAAAACACCGAGAUAUUUAAUAUUAACUCCUUGCUGUCGACGCUUAACAACGCAUCCUCCAAUGUUUAAACACUGGAAAUUCUUGAAUGAUCUCAUGAAAUAUUUAGAUCAAGAACGAUUCUGCUUAUAAUAUUAAGAGUAAAGACAUCGAUAUAGAGAAACAAAUUGGUCCACGCAAAGAGUCAAUAUUCGACGCAAUGAGAUAUUUGUUAUUUCUAACGAAUAAAUUUAUAGAAACGUUGAUACGUUUUCGAAUCGAUCGCACAGUCUCUUCGUAACGACGGCUCAUUGACGUCUUGGCGUAGGGUCAUUGUCACAAUCGUUUGUUAAUUCUGUGUAUUUCCUUAUUUUCUUGUUCCUGUUGUUCCUUGGUAGGCAGUUCGCGUACAAGACAGUGAAAAUUCAUAAGACACAAGCGGCUGAAUUAUAUACACGUUCGCUACUUUCUGAAUAGACAGGUUUUGUGUUCGGUGAAAUAGAAGCGUACGCCAGUGGGUCAAUAAGGGAGGCACGACAAUGAACUUUCAUUAAUAAUGAUUAAUGCAGACGAUGAUUUCAAUCCUGUGUGUGAGCGUGUGUAACUAGGAACUAAAUGCCGGAUGAGAAACUGAGCUUUCAGAGAAAUUUCUUUGUAAAGCAUUAGAAUGAUUAUUCUUGAAAAAAAAAAAAAAAAA